CGCACCCUCUUCACCACUCCCCCCCUUCACUCACAUUCGAGACACACUUUCAAGCAGGCUGAGUGGGCAACACGCUACAAGUAGCUGGAGAAGACGAAUCCCAGUCAUAUUGGAAUGAACUGUUUCAGGGAGCCCUUGCAAACCUUCUUAUUCGGGCGUAGGUGGUCAAAAACGUGAGGGAAGCUACCCCUGUUGGGAACAUUCUGUGCAAGAAGCAAAAAAAAAAAAAAAAAAGGAAAGAGGAGGAGAGACCAAAUCCCUCUUCUUGAACCCUGCAUCUACCCGGAGGAGAUCAGUCCCAUCAUACGGACCACGGAAAGCGAGGGGAGUUGUGGACGGAUAGGAGCGUGGAAAAGUCCGCAAGGGGAAAGGACGAGUGGCAGAGGCUGAAAAUCAAACAGAGUGCGCUAAAAAAGAAAAGGGGAGGAGAUGAUGGAGGCCCUGCUUCCUGUGCUGCAGAGAAACCCCGGCCCUUCAGUUCUGGUCUGUUCUCUCCUAUUCAGGGUGGUCCACCGGCUCCUUCAGAACCUUCCUGUGCCCAAGCUUGUGCAACAGGAUGAGUUUCGGUCUUGGAAGUGGAGAAACCUCUCAGUCUCCCUGGUUCACUCCCUGCUCACUGGGACAUGGGCUGUGACAUGUGUGGCGGUUUGGCCAGAGAUGUUGCACGAUAUCCACUCUUACUACACGCCUCUGUCCUACCUGCUGGUCUGCAUCUCAUCAGGGUACUUUGUGCAAGAUGCGGGUGACAUUAUACUAACUGGACAUGCAAUGGGAUCAUGGGAAUUCUUACUUCAUCAUGCAAUGGUGAUCUGGUGUUUCCUGUACACCCUCUACACACAGCUUUACAUAGCUGGCGCUGUAGUGGCUCUAUUUGUAGAGGUCAACAGUGUCACCCUGCAUCUGCGGCUGAUGCUUAAGCUGGCAGGGGUGCAGUUGUCCCCUGCAUACCGUAUCAACAAACUGCUCAACCUCUUUACCUAUAUCUUCUUCCGUCUGAGCGCUCAGUUCUACCUUACCUGGUACAUAAUUCAGAAUUACUCCUGGCUGGACCACGGCUUCUACUUUCUGACCACCAUGAUCAUAAUGAACAUCAUGAUCCUGAUCUAUUUCUACCGCCUGCUGCGCGCGGACUUCUUCCCACGGAGAAAGGGCCAUCUGGCGCAGAAUGGGACCCACAAUAACAAUUCCCAGAAGUUCCUGAACGACUGAUUGUGAAAUGUCUACGUGACUGGGACAGGGAGAAUUGACUCUGAUGUCUUCUUUUCUUUUCUUUUUUUUAAUAGUUUUUACAUUUUGCCCUCACAGGCCACUACUAGUGUCACUCCUCGUGCCAACAUGCCUCCUUGUUGCUUUGUGUUAAACAAUGUACAAGGAAAAAAAUAGUUCCCAACAACUGCUGGUGGAAUAAAGUGCAGCCUACGGUGGACGGAACGAGACAAUGGUAAGAGUCUCCUCUCUGUAUGAUGUCCAUUGUGGCUGAGGAGACAGGUGCUGAGACUUAUACUUGCAAUGCAGCAUGAAAAAAAAACACUGUCUGGGAAGAUUCCACCAAUAUGCAAUCAAGGAUCAUUUGACAUUUGCAACCCUCCUAUAACAUUCUGCAUUGGAACUUGUUCAGAAUACCAUUUACCAUCAAAUUAUCUUGUAACUGAAGUUGGCAGGAAGGGGAUGGUGAGAAACUUCCAUAGUUAGUGGGCAGUUAAACAGUACAAUCAAUAUUUUGAUAUUUCAGCACCAAAUGUUAGACUUGAUAUGGCGUAAUUGGACUUUUGGACCAAAAUGAAAUAUCCACCAUUUGAACUUAUUGUAAUUUUCUAAACAAUUCAAAACAUCACUGGACCAAAUGAUAUCACUUAUACAGAACUGGCCUUCUAUAUUUUUGAUAUAGCGAUUCAAUUCAACAUUUCGAAAAAUGAACUCUAUUUUUUUCUCGUUUCUCAGUUCAAACUACAUUUCAGAUGGCAGCACCAAGAUUACAUAUUAACAAUACCGAUCAAUUUCAUAUUACUAAUUCCAUCAUUCAUAGAAACUAUGUAUAAUUCUAUAAACGAACACUUGGUACAUUUCAUUUGGCUUAUAUUUCAUUAGUAUGAAAACAAAGGCAAGGGGAAAUCAAAACAGACUUGGUUUGGUAAGCUGUGCAAGUGCCUUCACCCUCCUUUCAGGAUGAGUUUAAGGACCAAAGUUUGACCUUGUGCAAAAUGUUGACAUGGUAAAAAGUUGACAGAACUAACAAAUUGGGCCUACAUAGCCUAAUGAUUGAUUUAUUGUAAGAUGUGUGGGCUCUUGUUAAAGAUCAUUUUUUUCUUCACAUCAAAAAGAAAGAAAAGCUGAAAUGAAUUCAACGUUCACCAGGUUGUGUAAAGAUGUUUUGCAACGCAACUGCAACACGUUGUUUUAAGGAGGCUCAUGGUUAAUGAUUGUUGAGUGAUUGCCUAUGAUGACUAUGCAGUGACUCAAAUAAACAAAUAUAAAUCUUGA